AUGGAAGUGAGAUGGUUGACAAACGUAGCUACUUGGUUGCGUCAGAACUGUUUUUGCUGCGGUUGGAAUGGUAAAUAUACUGUUAAUCCCGAAAUGUUAUUAGCAUCCAAAAAUGUCGGAGACAACGAAAAAGAUGCAGAAAAGCAAGAGACCGCGCAAUCAUCGUCUCAUAUAAUAAGGCACGAACUUCCAAUAUUGCCACACGGAAACAAUCCAAAUUCGGGAAAAGUGGUUCUUCCUCAAAUUCCUUACGCGCCCCCCGCAAAUCACCAUCGAGUGGCCAAUCAACCUUUGAACCAUAAACUCUCCCACGAAAGUAACUUUCAACCGGUUAUAGUCACUAGCGAAAAUCAAGCGGGAGAUAAUCCCUACAACCAUCGAUUUUCGGGAUAUCCGGCUAUCGCGAAAAACGAUCUUUGGCCUCUUCCCACGCCGGAUCUACCCAAAAUAACGAAGCUGGAAGUGAAAUGCGAACGUGAACUGAUGAAAGUGGCCAUAGAAUUCGAUCGCCCUUUUUAUGGAUUAAUAUUCAGUAAAGGUCAUUAUACGUACGGAAAUUGCAUUCACGUUCCGGCUGGUCUGGGCAAACAAGCGGUCUAUUUCGACAUAUUAAUGAAUAUGUGUGGCACUCAUGGAGAUACGGAAUCAUUGUACGGCCUGGGAGUUAUAGACAAAAUUGGUUCUUACUUCGAGAACACUAUUAUUAUACAAUACGAUCCUCAAGUUCAAGAAGUAUGGGAUUUAGCCCGAAAGCUGCGCUGUACUUGGCACGAUCACUACGAAAGAUUGGUCUCGUUUCGGCCAUUUUUGGUGGAUUCUCUAGAAGUCUUUAGGGUGGAAUUUGCGGGAGACGACGUGGGAUGUUGGAUGCAAAUUCAGAGUGGAAAGGGUCCUUUCGCUAACGAGGUCUCGGGAAUUAUAAAAAUCGGCCAGACUUUAACAUUAGUGUUAGCUAUCAAAGAUGCAGAUAAGAGUUUCGAUAUGAUGGUAAGGAAUUGCAUCGCCCACGACGGUAAAAAACAACCGAUCGAAUUAGUCGACGACCAUGGAUGCAUUUCUAGACCCAAAUUAUUAAGUCGAUUUACUAAAGUGAAGAAUUUCGGAAACAGCGCGACAGUUUUAUCAUUCGCUCAUUUCCAAGCUUUCAAAUUUCCCGAUUCUAUGGAGGUUCACUUUCAGUGUACGAUUCAGAUCUGUCGAUAUGCUUGCCCCGAUCAGUGCGUUAUACCUUACGAAGACAAUCAGGAUUAUCAACCUUACAAAAUGAGAAAUCCGCGAGCCAGCGGAAGCGUUAACGAUACGUUUCGUCGCUCCAGAAGCAAAGAAAUUGUCGAGGAAUCGGCCCAAGUUGGUUUGAAUCGAGUUGUUAGAGUGGUGUCCGAUGGCGAUUUGGCAUUUUCACUUCAGGACACCAAAACCAACGAAUCUGUCGACAAAGAAAAGAAAUCCGAUGAUAUUUGCAUAUCCAGACCGAAAUUUACCGUCACAGUCGUCGGAUUGUUUCUGUUAGUGAUCAUUUCUGGUGUUACGUCAGCCGUUCUGUGUUUAUGUCGGAGGCAAGUAACCAACGAUAUUUUGGCAGCAUUCAACGGCCUGUUAAAACGGAAAAAAUGUAAUAGGCCUACUUGAGAACUUUCGCCAACGAAGAUAAAUAAAAAUAUUCGCAACGUAGGCCAUGUAAAGAAAGCAUUCAGUAUUGACUGUUAAAUUCUAUGUAGAAAUUUUAUUUAUUAGAAUCUUUAAAUUGGAAUCAAUAUAUUUGUAAAGUUGAUGGAUUCUAUAUCCGUCGAUUAUAAACUGCCAUAGAUGAGAUUUAAUGCGACGAUUACAAGUGUCUUGCAUUAAAUACUAACCUAAUUCAGCCAAAUGUUUGUUCAAAAUAAAUAUUUCGUGACAAAAACAACACCGAGUAACGUCUUUCGUGGCAAAUCUCACGACAAUUAUUUUUAAAGUUCUUCAUUUUGAAUAAAUCUAGAACAACAACACGUAAAAUUAUCUCUUAAAACACGAAAAAAUCUUUUAGGCAUCGCCUUGUUUACGGUUAAAACCUGAAAAACAAAUAUGCGUAAUGCUCGAAAUGACCAUUUUUUCCGCACGGUUUACCUUCAACCUCUAAAUUAAGAGGAUUAAAUAAGUAACUGGCUUAUUUAACACUCAUAAUAAAUGCGAGAUUACUUGGAGGAGGACUCUGAUAAUCAUUUUCAACCAAAAUUCCAGGUUUUAAAAUAAUUUACUUAUUUAAUAUUCAAAAUUUAACUCGCUAAAAUGAUCGAAUAUAUCACUUUAUUGGUAAGUAUUAAAUUAUAUCUUAUUUAC